AUGGAGGAAGUACUCCACUCAGGUGGUGCUGAUGAAUCAUCGGUAGCAGCGCACAUUAUGGUGAAAGGCAAGCGCAGCAAGCGACAGAGGCUUUUCGCCGUCACCGGCUUUGCCUCUGCCUCUUCUUCUCCGUCUACUUCCUCCGGGAGUGUCACUGAGGAGGAGGAGGAUAUGGUUAUGGCUAAUUGCCUCAUUCUCUUAGCUCAAGGACCUGAAUUGGAUACUGCUGUGAAGGAUGACAAUAACAACAACAACAAUAACAAGCCGAGUAGCCGGAAGUUCACUGAGACGGCCACUACUACCGACGGAAAAGCCGGGUUUUAUGUCUAUGAGUGCAAGGAUUGCAAGAAAUGUUUUCCGUCUUUCCAAGCUCUUGGUGGUCAUAGAACUAGCCAUAAACGGAAAAGAGAUGCCGGUGUUGCAGAGGAGGAUGAGCUUCUCAAGUUUAGUAUCAAUUCAAGCUCUUUCGUCGCCGCGAAACCGCUUGGUUUGAUGCCGUCAAGCAACAACAACAUCAACAAUAAUAACAAUGUCUUGAGCUUGAAGAUGAGGGUGCAUGAGUGUUCAAUUUGCGGAGCAGAGUUCUCCUCCGGGCAAGCUCUUGGUGGACACAUGAGAAGACACCGGCCGGGGAGUGUCCCCGAGGUGGUGGCCGAGACGAAGAAGGAGAAGAGCUUGUUAUCUUUGGAUCUUAACCUCCCGGCACCGUCCGAGGAUCACCGUGGUGAUGGCGGAGAGACGGCAAUGAAAAGAGAUGGCGAAGCCGGCCUUUUCUUGUGCUAA